GCGCGAGGAGGUGGGCGGGGCUCCGACCAUCCUUCAAGCCAAAGGUGGGCCGGAGCCGUCUGUACUGAGCACUUCCUAUGAUCUGAACGAAAUAAGAAUUGUAAUGUGAUAGCAUGGCCACAGGAGAUUUAAAAGGAAACUUGCGUAAAAUAGAGCAAGGACUUCGACUUUUAAAUUAUCCCAGAGAUGUUGAUUAUGCUGGGUUGGCAAAGGGGGAUCCAUCUGCAUUUUUGCCCAUCAUCAGCUAUUGCUUCACAUCCUUCUCAACGUAUAUUGCAGAACUUCUAGUGGAAUCGGAUGUGAAACUCAUGGCAAAGAAUGACUUGCGUUUUAUUGAUGCCGUUUAUAAGGUUCUCCGAGAUCAAUUUCAGUAUAAGCCAGUCCUAUCAAAACAGCAGUUCCUCCAAUAUGGCUUUGCAGAGAGGAAAAUACAGAUUGUUUGUGACAUUAUGAAUUCAGUCUAUAAAAGGCAUAAAGAAUUAAGUAAUAUGAAUAAGGUCAAAUCCCAAACAAGAAAGAGAACCCAUCCAGUUAGACCUCAGCUACAAGCAAACAGUCCUAGUGUGCCUGAUUCUGCAACGUUCUGUGCUACAAAUCUUUUUCCUACUCUUCCAGAUUCUGCAGCAAUCUCUACUAUGGAUUUUCAGCAGAAUCCUCAAAUAGAACAUCGUAAAAGUAUGCUGAGUGCAAGACUCCCUCAAGACAUCAUCAAUGAAGCACUGGAGGAGGAAGAGGAGCAGGAAGAAGUUGCCUGUAUUGCUGAUGAUCCAGUCAGUGUACGUGAACAGGUCUUGGAGGAAACUACUAAUGAAAUGCAAGAAUUAAAGAGCCAACUUGAUGAACUGCAGGAGAAGCUUAAUAAACUGGACUGGGUAGAAGAAAAGUUACAGGCGUUAGAAGAUAAACUACAGGGAAAGGUUGUUAUAGAUGAAAAGGAGUGGAAUAAUUUACUGAGCCGGGUGUUACUACUUGAAACACAACUGCUACUGCAGUCCAAAAAGGCUGAUUUAUCUGCAGAUUUUAAUAACAUGAGCGAAGAAAAUACCUCUAGCAGAAAUAUGACUCCAGUUUCUCCUGAUAGGGAGAAGGCGGAGCUGCCAGAGACUCUUCAUCAGUCGUCUGGAUACAGUUCACAGUUAUCUGCAGACCCAUCUCCCAAAGCCACGGCCGUUAAUAAUCAUGGUCUGUCAGAGGUUUCAAAGGAGACAACAGUACAAAGAAUGGAGAGAAUAAGCAAAAUGAUUGAAGAAACUUCAGAGUUGUUGAAGACCUCAAGAAACACCUCUUGAGAACAUUCUGUCCUACACAGCCAGAUAUCUGCAAGCAAUUAUGUAUGCCUUUAAAUUUUUAGAGCUAUCUGAAUCUCUUUGUGAUAUUUUGUAACUCAAAUUAUUUAAAGCUAUUUAUUUUUAUGAAAAUAAAUAUUUUGUAAUAUCUUUGUCACUGA